CUGUGUGAGGUCCUGUGCGUGGCUGAGGUGGAGGGCGCGAGCGGCGGCGGCGGCCUUUCGGGGACCCGGCGCCAUGGGGACUUGGAUGAGGGGGGUGGGUCGCCUUGGGCUGGCGCGUCUGCAGCUCGCUCGGGGCCUGCAGAGCUCGGCUGGAGCCCCUAAAACGGUGUUGGUGGAUUUGGGAAGCAGAAAAUUAGAAAUAUCUUCUGGAAAACUGGCCAGAUUUGCUGAUGGAUGUGCUGUUGUGCAGCUAGGUGAUACAUCAGUGAUGGUGACUGCAGUCAGCAAGACAAAGCCUUCUCCUUCUCAGUUCAUGCCGUUGGUGGUUGACUAUCGGCAAAAAGCUGCUGCAGCAGGAAGAAUUCCUACUAAUUAUCUGCGACGAGAACUGGGUUCUACGGACAGAGAAAUUCUUACAAGCAGAGUAAUAGAUCGGUCAAUUAGGCCUCUUUUUCCAGCAGGCUACUAUUAUGAUACACAGAUCAUUUGCAAUCUUUUAGCUGUGGAUGGUAUCAAUGAACCUGAAAUACUAGCAAUCAAUGGAGCUUCUGCGGCGCUUGCAUUGUCGGAUAUCCCUUGGAAUGGCCCCAUUGGUGCAGUGAGAGUAGGACUCAUUAAUGGAGAAGUGGUCGUGAAUCCCACCCGAAAAGAAAUGUCUUCCAGUACUUUAAAUUUAGUGGUAGCUGGUGCUCCCCAUAGCCAAGUUGUUAUGCUGGAAGCCUCAGCAGAGAAUGUAUUGCAGCAGGACUUCUGCCAUGCCAUCAAAAUAGGCGUGAAGCAUACCCAGCAAAUAAUUCAGGGGAUACAACAACUGGCAAAAGAGCAGGGGGUUGUCAAGAGAACUGUCCAGAAGUUAUUCACAGCUCCAGAAGAGAUUGUGGAAUGUGCAAAGCAACUUGCAUCUGAAAAGAUCACCGCUGUGUUUUCAGACUUCACCCAUGAUAAGAUUUCAAGAGAUGAAGCGAUUAACAACAUCAGGCUUGACACAGAAGAACAGUUAAAAGAAAAGUUCCCAGAAGCUGAGUCUUAUCAAAUAAUGGAAUCCUUUAAUAUUGUUUCUAAGGAAAUCUUUAGAAAUCUUAUUCUGACUGAAUAUAGAAGAUGUGAUGGCAGAGACUUGACUUCACUUAGAAAUAUCAAUUGUGAAGUAGACAUGUUUAAAACACUUCAUGGAUCAGCAUUAUUUCAGAGAGGUCAAACCCAGGUCCUCUGUACAGUUACCUUUGAUUCUUUGGAAUCGAGUGUAAAAUCUGAUCUGAUCACAACAGCUAUCAGUGGAAUAAAAGAGAAAAACUUCAUGCUCCAUUAUGAGUUCCCUCCUUAUGCAACUAAUGAGAUUGGCAAAAUUUCAGGGAUGAAUAGAAGAGAACUUGGUCAUGGUGCACUUGCAGAGAAAGCUUUGAAGCCAGUUAUUCCCAGUGAAUUCCCGUUCACAAUAAGAGUUACUUCAGAAGUAUUAGAAUCCAAUGGAUCAUCCUCAAUGGCUUCUGCUUGUGGUGGGAGUUUAGCAUUGAUGGAUGCAGGAGUCCCAAUAUCAUCUGCUGUAGCAGGUGUUGCUGUAGGUUUAGUUACCAGGACUAAUUCUGAAAAAAAUAGUGAAAUUGAGGAUUAUCGCUUGCUAACAGACAUUCUGGGAAUAGAAGAUUAUUACGGUGAUAUGGACUUCAAAAUGGCUGGAACAAGUAAAGGAAUAACUGCGUUACAGGCUGAUAUCAAGCUCCCAGGAAUACCUCUUAAAAUUGUAAUGGAAGCUAUUCAGCAAGCCACAGUGGCAAAGAGAGAGAUCUUGCAAAUCAUGAACAAAACCAUUGCAAAACCCAGAGCAAGCAGAAAAGAGAAUGGACCACUUGUAGAAACUGUUCAGGUGCCAUUAGCAAGAAGAGGAAGAUUUGUUGGCCCUGGAGGUUAUAACUUAAAGAAACUUCAAGCCGAAACUGGAGUAACUGUUAGCCAAAUAGAUGAAGAAACAUUUUCCAUAUUUGCUCCAACGCCAGCCGCUCUGCAUGAAGCACAAGAAUUUAUUACAGAAAUCUGCAAAGAUGAUCAGGACUAUCAGUUGGAAUUUGGAGCUAUUUAUACAGCAACAAUAACUGAACUGAGAGAUAGUGGAGUGAUGGUAAAAUUGUAUCCAAACAUGACUCCUGUUCUACUACACAACUCUCAGCUGGAUCAGAGAAAGAUUAGGCACCCUAGUGCUCUUGGAUUUGAAGUUGGCCAAGAAAUCCAGGUGAAAUACUUUGGGCGCGAUCCCAUUGAUGGUAGAAUGAGACUUUCACGGAAAGUGCUUCUGUCUCCAGCUACGUCUGUUGUUAAAACACUGACUGACAAAAGCAGUAUAGUCAUGGGAGGUGCAGCUCCAGAGUCUGCUAGUUCCACACCUUAAGCAACUGUCAGUGCCGUCAGAAUCUUCCUGGACUUACCAGAACUGUGACUCUUCAAAAGAGACUGAAUAAUUGUUGUGAAAUGGCAGGUUCUUAUCAGGCAGGUUUGUACACCACACAAACAUGCUUUAAAUUUUAUAUAGGUAUUAAUGUAUACUAGUUAACUUUCCAUUACGUUUUUGCCCCUAUGGGGUUUUCCCUUUGAAAAGCAUAGGCCUACAGCAACACUUCUGUAAAUCAUGUACGUGACAUUUCUAAGCAAAUUAAGUGCUUGUCCCCUGACAGUACGAAAAAACAGCAAUGCCUUCCCUUUUCGCUAAAGAGGUUUGUUGAAGAUAUGCACAUACUUGCAGUUUUCUUCAGGAUGCUGAUCUGCUUGCAAGAAUGCUGUUUUGGGUUUUUUUUAAACAGCUCAUUCUCUUCAUGAUGUUUGGUGACAGGAAAUAGCCUCCAUAAUGUAAGUCUCUGUACAGUAGAUUGAGUUUGAAGCCCUUCUAGUGGAAUGUUACAUGCAGUGUUUCUGCUGGAAGCUAAUGCAGAGAGAGGUAUCUGGCACUUACAAGAUGGAGAGAACUGUGCUAUUCAACUUGCAAAUAAACGUUUGAGCAAAUAUGUAUCUCUGAACUGAUUUGGAGUAGGAGGGAGAUGAAUCAGAACUGGAGAACAUUCAAAAUACGCAAUGGAAUAAAGAGACCAGGUCUCAGGAUGUUGACAAAAACAUAGUUUUAUUCCAAGGUUUAUCCCUACACGUUGUUGUUGUUGUUAGUCGCAAAGUCGUGUCCGACCCGUCGGGACCCCAUGGACAACAUUCCUCCAGGCCUUCCUGUCCUCCACCAUCCCCUGGAGUCCACUUAAGCUGAUGCCAACUGCUUCAGUGACUCCAUCUACCCACCUCAUUCUCAUCUAGCCACAUUAUGCCCCAGAAUAAUAUAUGGGGCAUAAUGUGUAGGGAUUCUUUUUCAGGAAUCAGUAUUUCUAGAAGUGCCUCUGAAACAGUCUCAAAGAGGAAUCCUUUUCCUGGUCACCACUACAUAUUUUUCCAGUGUUCUUAAACUUAGUAACUUUUAUUUCUUUUGACCAGUUUGAAGUAAUUUGAUAACUCUGCAGACUGAAGGAGCUUUAGGGUGUCUUGAACAUUUUGUGAUCUAAAAAGGUGAUUUUGGGGGCUUUGCAUUCCAUAGUGAAAGGCAGGUGUGGCUCAUAUGUUUUGUAGUCAUGCUGCACGCACUGUGCUUCCACUUUCUGAAACAAAAAGUGCACUUUGAAAUGUGUAUGUAACCUUUGGAUUUAGAGCUGCACUUCUCAGUAGAAGUAAUAACCUUAGUGCAGCUAAGAAAUAUGAGUAGAUUUGGGCACUAAAAUUUUACAUCUUAAAAUACAGUGCAGUUGAAUUGAGAAUAAAGGUUUAAAGGUCUCUUUAAAAUAUGAAGACCUGUGAAAUAAGUUGUAGGAUAAGGCUAUCAAUUGUUACUAGACCUGUGAGCUAUAUGCUGCCUCCAGUUUCAGAGGCAAUAUGCCCAUGUAUGCCAGUUGCUGGGGAACAUGGGAAGGAGGGUGCUGUUGUGAUUGUAUUCUACUUGCAGGCUCCCUGCAGACAGCUUGUCGGUCACUGUGUAAACAGAAUGCUGGACAAGAUUGCCCUUUGGUCUGAUUCAGCAUGGCUGUUGUGUCCUUAAAUCUUGAGAAACCAAUUUUUUAAGUUCAUUAGUUUUAAUUACAGUAAAUAGACUCUAAUAGCAUUUAAAAUGAAAAGCAGGCUUAUUCUGCAGUGGAUAUGGAAACUUCCAAAUUUCUAUCAUAGUGGAACCUGUUUUCAUGCUGUCUUCACGUCUGAAAUGUACCUAAUAGGUACUAGAAGGAAAGUUCCCAAUUGAACACAAACCUAAACACAAAUGAAUUCAGUGGUGUUGGAUCCCUGAUGUCUCUCAGGGAGGACCCAGUUGGUCAUGGAGAUAAUCCAUUGGAGAUGGGGAGAAUAUAAAUGUGAACACUUCCAUGUUUGAAAAUAUUUUUGCUACUUUAAGCUAUUAAAAUACUGUGUCUACA